AUGCAACAAGCUUUAGAACCUACAGGGAAAAAACAAACUAUGUCACCGUCAAAGAGCUUGUUGCAUGAAUCAUCUUUUUCACCAUUGGUAUCUCGAUCUCGUCCAUCUAUUUCAUCUACACUAUCUCAACAACAUUCAAUUGUUUCAUCUCCAACAUCUGAAUAUAGUGGUGAAUUUGUUUCACCUCCAAUAGUUCAACAACAUGCGUCUGUUUCAUCUCCGGCGUCUGAAUGUAGUGGUGAAUCUGUUUCACCUCCAAUAGUUGAAAAACAUACAUAUCUGUCAACUCCAACCUCCCAACGUUGCGAAUCACCAAAAAAUACGAAAACCCAUUGGAUGAAAGAGAUAAUUGCUUUCAAACAGGUGCAAAAUGAUGCAUUAACCAAACGGCUUGAUAAAUUAGAAGAAAGAGAGGGUGAGAUGCUCAGAGUUCAACAACAACUUGUAGUUAAACUGGAAGAAGCUAACGAUAUUGAGAAACAAAAACUAGAGCUGUUUAGAACCAUGUUUAGUGGUUAA